AAGGUGACGUAAUAACGUUCGUCCUACUAAGAAGAGUACAAGGAACAGCUGCUUCGUGUAGAGGCACACAGCAGACAAGUGCAAGAUACACCUGAUGCACCUCCGUCAUCUCUGCACACAGUCUGGAACAUUCCCAGGGUGAGAGCAGUGGCUAUGGGGGUCCGACUGAGACCCGUGACCCACGGCUGCGAGUAAUUAGGGGCCGUCCUAAAUACUACUCCUGCGGUCCUUAGUGAAAGGCAACAUGGGAAUGGCGAGUGCUGGUCUGCUCAUGACACUUCAGAUACUCCUUGGUUUCUUCUCAAAUUGUCUCUUCCUCGCCCUGUACGACUCCGUGGUGCUGGUGAAGGGCGUCGUGUCGCUGCUCAGCUGCUCCCGGUCCGCGGACUGCGGAGCGAGGCGUCGCAUGCUUACCUCGGAGGGGGUGCGCUCCAUCUGGAAUAGCUUCCUUCUUGACGCCUAUAAACAGGUGAAAGUUGGCCUCGAGGCACCAAACUCCAAAGUGGUGAAGGUGCCUGACAGCCUUCAAAGAAGCAGUAAUCCCAGUAAUAUGAUUCAUUUGCCACCUGGUGCCACGAUAGCAAAUGAAGUUGAGUGCCACCUUCUGGAUUUUGAGUCAUCUGACCGCCCUCUGGUGGUCAAUUUUGGCUCAGCUACUUGACCCCCGUUCAUCAGCCAUCUGCCAGCUUUCCGGCAGUUGGUGGAGGACUUCAGUGACGUAGCAAAUUUUUUGUUAGUAUACAUAGAUGAGGCUCAUCCGUCUGAUGGAUGGGAGGCACCUGCUGUGGGGUCUUGUUCCUUUGAUGUCCCAAAACACCAGAACCUGGGAGAGAGGUUGGGAGCGGCACGCAAGCUCAUUGAGCAUUUUGCCCUGCCACCACAGUGUCAGCUGGUAGCAGACUGCAUGGACAACAAUGCUAAUGUGGCUUAUGGUGUGUCCAAUGAACGAGUGUGUAUAGUAAAACAGAGAAAGAUUGCCUACCUGGGCGGCAAGGGGCCUUUUUUUUACAACCUGAAGGAUGUGCAACAUUGGUUGGAACAGAGCUACGGUAAACGUUUUUCAAGGACAAGUGCAGAAAAGGACCCAUAUUUCAAAAAAGGAAAUAAUAGAUCAAUCAGUUUUGUCUAAGUAUAACGAUCAAAAGUUUUUAUCUUCUAAAAAGCUGUAAUGAAUUAAGUUCUUGAAUUGAGGAGUGACUUCUUUAACUUUUGAAAUCAGGCCAAUUUUCAUACAUUUGAAAUUAUAUUAUAUUAUAUUAACUCAGUUCAUUGCAUUUUAUUAAUGUCCUUUUUUCCGUGUCACUUUGUACAAAAACAAAGUCAAUGGAAAGUCAAUUAGGACCAUGCUUCAACACACAAAUCAACCGCCUCCAUGUGACCAAGCAAUGGUCAGAGCUAGUGACGUGGUCUUCGGAAUGGCUCCAACAAACUAAUGCCUUUCAAUCUCAAGACACUAAUUUAUUAUCACAUGAUCCAAAGUGUUGUUUUGGGGUGUUUUUUUGCCUUAUCCUUUUGUUUUGUGACUAUUUCAGGAACUGCUAUGAGAAUAUGAAUGUGUAACGUGCAGCAUAUUGAUUGGAGGCGUCAGUAUAUCAGCUUCAUCUGUAUUUCUGCUACUUCUGUUGAAAAUCAUGCCUCAACAAUGUUUAAUUGUUAAUUUAUCUACCCUCUUUUUUUCCUUGGAUAUUUUCUUUUUAUACACUACAUACUAACCAUUGUCUCCAUUUGACAGCUCUGUGAUUAUGAAACAUAUUUUACAUAUUUUUUGCCUUAGUUUCUUUAAGCCACUGGUAGUGUUCUUGUUUACACUAUUGAUUUGAAGUAGAUAUUAUGUGGCUUUUCUAAUGUAAAAAUCAAGUGAUGUCUGUGUAGCAAUCAUUCAUGUGCUACCAGGACGAAAACAAUGCAUAGAAAGCAACCCUUUAGCAUCAUUCUACCACCACCAUGCUUCAUAGUGGUCAUGGCAUUUUUUAACGACAUGCAGCAGUCAGACAAAGUGUUUUGUCAAAUAGAGAGAAAGCCCUUUUUUGGUCUCAUCAGACCAUUGUACCUGAAUCUAUAGUCCAGAUGUAAUGUGAGCAGCUGUCUCUUUACUCCUACAAAGCCAGAUGCAGCUUCAUGGUGUAGUCAGGACACUGAAGCCUUCAUAAAAGCCCCAAUACAGCUACUCUGACAUACUUUUGCCGUGGGCUUACCCUAAUUAGCUGUUUUGGAGGAGCCUGUAAGUAACACCUGUAGACACUAGUCAGGGGUUAAAAAGCAGCAUUCCAAAGGCACGGAUGAUGGUAUGCACUAUAUCAUCAGCAUCACAUAUUAUUUUUAAAGGCAAUGAUUAGCAUUUGGCUUUAUAAGUUUAAAUCUUAGGAGUCACAUGAAACCAUUAAUGAAACCAUUAACUUGAACCUGUCAAAUGUUGUUUGUCAUGUGAAAAGAGCAUCAAAGCCCCAUUGGAAACACAGAUAUUUUUCUCUUGUUGCAGUGACAACGGUGUUAUAAUGAAAGCCUUUGACGAAAGGGUCCCCGACUCAGUCUCUGGUUGGAUAGUGAACUGCACCUAGUCAAAAUUCAACAGAACCAUUGCAUCUGAUUUAAUUGACCAUCUGCUAAAUGAUUUAUGUCUCGUGAUUGAUAGCUGUUUCAAAUGUCAUUUACUGCACUUUUUCAUUACUGCAUUGAGCAAUGCAUAUUGUCAUAAUAAAGAGAAAUAAAGGAGAAUGAUAAAACUGCUUUAAAUAUUGUCUGCAUGUCUCAAAUGAAUCUUGUAUGUCAGAAAGAGAGGAAAAAAAUAAAAUAAAAAUUUUGUAGAAUUAAACACAUUUUUGCAUGAAAAAUCAAGCUGAAUUGGAAUUUGGGUUCGUAAGUGGUAAAUUGUUUUCAACAAGCACACCCUGUUUGACCUACAUGUGUGUGUAAAAGGGAGACUUAACAAAGGGUCUCUUGGGACCAUUCUAUAAAAUGCACAGGAAUUUUCGCCCCAGGCUCAGCGCUUGGUCCUGAUGGUGUUCAGGGUGUUAGAGCUGCUGGACCUGAGGCAAGUGAAUGGGGCGUGGAGAGGAAAGGAGGGGCCAGGUUGUUUAGGGCUUUGUAGGUGAUGAGUAAUAUUUUGUAGUCUAUCCUGUAUUUUCCCCUGGAGCCAGUGGAGGUUGUGUUAAUGGCGGCGGGUGGGUGUGAGCAGUCGAGCGGCAGAGUUCUGAACAUAGUGCAGUUUGUUGAGGAUUUUGUUGGGAGAGCGGUACAGUUGUUGCAGUAGUUGAGUCUGGAGGUUAUGAGGGCAUGGAUGAGAAUUUGGGAGGUGGCAGAGGAGAGAGAGGGCUUAAGUCGUGCAAUGUUCCGGAGGUGGCAGACGGCAGUCUUGAUGAUGUGGUUGUCAUGGGGUAGUAAAGAAAGGGUGGGAUGUAGUUACUUGAUAAGAUUGUAAUGCUAAUAAAUUUUAAUUUGGCUUAAUAGCUUCCCCAACAUAAAUGAAUUUAAGCAGCCCCAGAAACUACUGUGAUCAUGCUCUUAUCCGUUGGUUCCUUUUUGCUUUGUUUUGAUUAUAGGCAUUGCAAAAAAGGAGCCCUCACAUAAAUAUGUGGAAGUGAAAGACACAAACUGCUCCAGAAAAUUCUCUCCCAGGUCAGAGUGCUCCUGCUUCCCACACCAAAAACUGUUUGUGUGGAUGUUGCAAACUUCAUCAAGAGGGCACUGAUGAAAGCAGAGGUCGGUGCAGAGUCACUGCUCCACAGCUUUGCUUCCUCUAGGAAGCCAACGCCUUGUCAUGUCAGGUCUAAAGGCCUAAACGUUUUUUAGAAGACUCAGAUGUUUUAUUUUAUGUACUGUUCCUGUUUUACCUUUAAACAUUGAUCAUUCUUUGAUGUUAGCAACCCCACUCCACAAAUCAUCUCUGAAUGAUGGAUUGAUCUGAUUGCAUUCCUGAAGAAGUGUAAAACUCUUACAGACUAGGUCCCCACCACAAACAUACAGGUUACGUUCUUUACAAUACGUGUCAUUUAACUGACACUUUAAUCCAAAGCAAUUUACAUUGCAUUAUAACCUAUGUGUGAUGGGUAGAGCUCUCCGUCCCUCCUGCCUGUUUGACCACACCACCCUAAUUGGUGAUUUCUAACAGGUGUGAACAGGUGCCCUUUAUAUGUAGGUUUUCGCCCCAGUAGAGCUAGAGGGGGGCUUGGUGUAGGGCUCCCAUGGCAUCAGUGCAGCACUCGCCAUGUGUAGAUGGGUGCCUGUUUAGAGCGAAAUUUACAGGUAUAUCUGGUUUUUGAAGCAGUGGUUUUCUUAUUGUUUCAUGUUUUAAUAUGCUCUUUUAGCAGUGUGUCAAUGUUUAUUGGAGUUAUUUACCUUUGUCUCUUGUAACAGGAACGGAAGUGAUGUUCGGGUGUUGCAGUGCCGAGCCCUAGUCACUGCUGUUUUUGCCCUUGUUUGAAAUAUAUUUUGUGAACCUAUGGUUACCUUGUUUAUGUAGUAUUUUGAUCAUGAAUCGUUAAUUUGUUUUUCCCCAGUAAGUGUCUUUUUG